CUCCACAGGUCUGCGCGCGACACACUGCAGUUUGGCUUCUCCAAGCUUUGGGGUGCUGCUGCAGCUUCAGUCCUGCCAACUUCACUCACACACACUGAGCCACCACGUCCUGCAGCCGUGCAUACCUACCUUGCUUUAGCUUCAACACCACCUUUUCUUUCAAGAAAAAGAAACAACAACAAAAAAAAAGCGCAGAGGAGGACAAGACUGUCUGUCUCGCGACCGCUCCGUUUGAACAGUCGUAGAGAGUCUUUGUGCGCGCGAGCAGGAGGAGGAGCCAAGUCGCGAUUCGCGAAGAAGAGAGAGCGCAGUCGGAUCGAGCGAACGCACGCCUACACUCAGCCUGAGAGUUUUACCGGUUCACGUUAAAGGCAGCGGACUCUUCAGCGAACCCCACUGGCAGCACACCGGCGUCUGUAAACGACUGUCUGCAGCGUCCGGAGCCGGACUGGAAAUCGCAGGAGCGUCGCAUCGCAGCGCGAAAAAUCAGUUCUCAAAGGAUUGUGUUAAAUCCAUGAUCAGGAUCCUUUCCUCUUAGAGGCAAAAAUGGAAGUCGUUGCGGCAGAAGAAAAGAAGAAGAUUUUCCGUGCUCGGAAAACCAUGAAGAUUAGUGACCGGCAGCAGCUGGAGAGUCUUCACAACACUUUGUUGACGAGUCCAUCCCCACCGCUCCUGUUGAAUGGAACGCACAAAGAUGAUGGACAGAAAAUGUCAGACAAAGAUCUAAACAACAUUCUGGAGUCCAAGUCCCCGCAAGCUGAAUCGCCUGUUUCACCAUCCUCUCGUAGCUCUCCUGCUCCUUUCCUGUCCUUAAACCUGUCCCCUUCCUCUGCCUCUUCACAAAGUCCAAAAGAAAAAGAAGAAACCGCUGCUUCUCCUGUGUCACCAUUCCAUUCUCUGAACUUUGAACUGAAAAAGAUGGAGGAGGACGAAGAGGAGGAAGAGAAGAACAUGAAAGAACCUCUGUCAUCAUCUUCAAAUGAGGCUCCGCCAGCUCCACCAACGGACUCAAAUGAUCAGCAGAAAACAGACUCUGAGAGUUCUGCAGAAAAAGAAAAGAAAGAGGACACUCUGAGUACAGCAGAAGGCACAGCUGAGGAUGCAGUUAAAGAUUCUGUUAAAAAUGUGAUUCCAUCACCUGUAGCUGAUCCAGUAUCUGACUACACAGAGCCUAUGGAAUCAGAUAGUGACACUACAAAGGCAAAAGACCCUGAGGACUUGACAGUCACAAUUGAUGACCAGAAACCUUCUUCCCCCAAAGAUAUCACAUCAGAUUCCUCUCUUUCAUCCCCAAACUCAACACAUGGAGCUCCCUCUCCUGCUGUGGUUAUGAAAGAAGAGGAAAUCAAAGAUGAGGACACACAAGACGUGAAGGACGAUGAAGAUGAUGUGGAGAAAGGGUCAGUGAAUGUGGAAAAGAUGGAUGUGGAUGUGAAAGUGGACACAAAAAAGGAAGAAAUUCAAGCUGUAAAACCUACUUUAUCUCGCCCAUCAUCCACUCCACCAGCUAAUACAGCAGAGCAAGAAGAGAAGUGCUCUACAUCAGGACUGAAACGCACCUUGUCAGAGGGUUAUGAAAAGGAUGGACAUGCAAAAAGAGACUCAAAGAGGCCCAAGAUGGAGGGAGUAGAGUUGGAAGCACAACUGGAACUUAAAAUUACUGCAAAAGCAAGCAGUCGCCAUAAGCUUGAAAAGAUUGUGCAGCAGCUAGUGGAGGAGCGGAUGAGAAUGUUUGACAAAGAUUUACAAGCUCUGAAGGACAGAGUAGAUCAGAUUGACUGUGCCACUAAACACCAGAGCGCUCUGAGCUCACUCCAAUCCAAGAUAGCCCGACUAUCAAAGAAGUUUGGAGAGGCUAAUCAGGUGUCGGAGAACAAACGAAAACAGGAGGCACUUGCUGCUGUUACUGCAACCGCUGCUGCUGCCGCUGCCAAGCCUGCUGCUACUACAAGCUCCCCUUCAGCUCAGCGGCCAGUCCGGACUACUGUGGAGGUAAAGCAGACUCCAUCAUCUCUUUCUUCAUGCAGCACAGCUGCCUCCUCGAUCCCACCCUCGACAUCCACUUCUACAGCCACCGUGGUUCCGCAGACCCCCAUCCUCCAGCUGAUUAGUUCAACCUCCAGUGCAGCCUCUACUUUGCCUGCUGGCAUCACUACCCAGAGUCCAACUGGCACUCUGGUGCUGAAGACUGCCCCUGGGAGUAGUAUGGUGGCUGCAGGACAGCCUCUCCUCAUUCAGCUGCCUUUAUCUAUGACCAGUGGCCAAACGGGAACCUUGGUCAACAUCCCCGUCUCGUCUUUAUCUGCUGCCAGCUCACUUACCAAGGCCAAAACCACUGCGUCCACCACCACUUUUAUACUCAAGCCUGCGCCAGCCACCACCACUGCAACCGUUUCUGCCCCAGCUACUGCUGUUGUCCCAGCCCUCCAAGCCUCUACUGGUCAGGUGACCUCUACCCAGAUCUCCGUUGCCCGGGCUGUGUAUCAGGGUGGUGCUGGAGGGAUAACAACUCCCAAUGCUGGGGUAUCUGUGACUUCUGCCAGGACUCCAGCCCAGUCCGUUUCUGUAGCUGGAGCAAUAUCCUCAGCAUCUUCACCUGCAACUUCUGGUCCGGCAGCAACAGGUUCUACUGCUCCAGGGCCGCCACAAGGGACUUCACUGACAUCAAAGACAGACAACCAAGCUACAGGAUCCACUUCCUCCAAAGUAGCUGCUCCUGCAGUACGGCCCAAAGGCUCCGUCAUUGAUCUCACUGAGGAUGAUGACGAUGUGCAAGUGACAGGAGUACAGAAUGCCACUAUUCCACCUCCCUCAGCUCCCCAGCGCCCUCACCCUGUCAUCAACAUUUCUAACAACAAAGAAGAGCAGAGCAUGGCCUUUGACAACGAUUCGGAAAGUGGCCAGGUGGAGAAGCAUCUUGUCAUCGGCCAGGAGAACACCCAGGUCACCAGAAGGUUUCCCCUGCUCAGCCCGACCGAUCUAGAGCAGCUGGAAGGCUCUGCCCAAAGCAAAGAUACAACUAAGCAAACGAAGUGGGGUGUUCAGCUAUUUCGUCAGUGGCUGGUGGAAAAUGGGAAAGAUGGCCAUUUUGAAUCCCUACCUGAGUCCUCCCUUGCUGAAUCCUUAAGAGAAUUUUAUGCCUCAGCUAGAAAUAAAGAUGGAAAUCUUUAUUCGAAAAACACAUACAUUGGGAUAAGGGCUUCCAUCAACAGGCAUCUUAGGGGCGCACCAUUCCAUAAGGCAGUCUCUAUUGUUAAUGGAGAAGCUUUCCACCAGGCUAACUCAAUGUUUAGUGCCAUGCUGAAGCGGUUGAAACGUGAAGGCCUUGAUACCACCAAACAUCAUGAUCCCAUUAGUGAGUCUGAUUUCCACAAACUACAGGUUUCAGAUGUAUUCAGCACUGACAAUCCCAAAGGUCUGCAAAGAAAAGUGUGGUUUGAUAUCACUUUAAGUUUUGCACGGCGUGGGAGAGAAAACCUGAGGGAACUCAAAUCAGAUGUUUUCAACUUUAAAGUGGAUGGGUCUGGGAGGAGUUACGUUGAAAUGCGUUGCAAUGAGGCAACCAAAAAUCACCAAGGUGACAACCUCAAAGAUGAUGAUUUUGAAAGCAAGCCCAGGAUGUAUGCAAUUGAAAAUUCUUCACGUUGCCCAGUACAGUCACUGAAGAAAUAUCUUGAGAAGAGAAAUCCAGCAAAUAAUGUAUUUUUUCAGAAAGCCAAAGCAAAGAUAAACACUGAAGAUGAAGAUACCUGGUACACAACACGCCCAGUGGGAGAGAAAACCCUUCACAACUUCAUGAAGACCAUUUCCAUUAAAGCUGGCCUUAGAAAAGUCUAUACCAACCACUGUGUGAAAGCUACAACCAUCACAAGACUAGCUCAGGCAAAGGAAAUUAUGAGGAUUUCAGGUCAUCGAAAUGAGCUGAGUAUCUGCAGUUACAAUUCUAAUUCUUCUGAGGAACAGAAGAGAAUGUAUAGUGCUCUACUCCAUGGGCAGGAAAACACUACUUUCCCAAACCAGCCAUCAAGUCCCCACACAUAUUUAUUUUUUCUCAAAUAAUUAUAAACAGCUGCAAUUCCUACCCUUUGAGAACAUUGUGAUAAGGACCUAUGUACAUAUUAUUGGAUGUUAACAUUUUUAAACAUUCUUGUAAAAAAUCUUCUUCUAAAAAAUUAUUUCAUUUGUGUGAAUUAAUUUCCCAGAUGUUGUCAUUGACCUGUUCACAUGUACUGAGGUAUAUGAUGGAUGUAGAUGUAAGGUAAUUUGUACUUAUGUUCAUAAAGUAUGGAUGCCCUUGUGUUCCUCAGAGUCCUCAGAGGCAAUUAAAACGGUGUGGGGAGAACAACGUGCUCUUGCUUGUCUUGAUUUCUGGCUAAACUGAACUUCUGUUGAUGGGUUUCCUCUAUUGAAAUCUCACUUUCCUGUCACUAAAUUCCAUGUUUACUCUCAUGUUUACUAACGGUGAUUAUUUGAUGACUCGGGACCAGGAAUCUAGCAAUAUCCCUAAAACUAUG